AUGUUCCGGUCUUUAUUUAAAAAAAAUUUGCCUUCGAUCAUGCGAUUCAGAUCAUUGAAAAAUUGCCAAGAUCAUCGAAUGAUGAGCAGCAUGGCAUUAAGAAGACCAUACCCAAUGUCGGAAUGGCAAAAGCGCCACUUUGAACAACCGAGUUUCGGCCACCGCGUGACCUGUUCCCGCGGAAUAUUGACGGACGCCAGUAUAGUGAUUCCCGUGCUCAAAGGGAUCGGAGCCUUAACAGGAUGGGUGAUACGGAAAUGGUGGUCCAGGCAGAACGACAACAAGAAGCGCCAGUACCGGGAGAAGGCGGAAAACAAUAAAAAGACCCUGUUUAGUGGCAUGGCGCUCACGGCGUGUCUGUGCUCCGCGGUAAUAUUGCACAACGUCGAACGGGACCCGAUCACGGGCCAGCUGAUCUUGUGCCUAUACAAUGACAGCACGAUAGCCGAAAUUAGCAAAAGGAAUUGGCUAUACUUGAUGACCAUUACCGGGAGGGAUCUGAGGAACCACGACGGGAACAAGUACAACCGCGUACAACUCAUAACUAGGCAGCUGUUGGAGGCAAACUCACAGUUUACCGCGAUCCGGGACAUUCGUUGGUCGCUCUACACGGAGGAUAACGACGAACCGAACGCGUUCGCAUUGCCUUUUGGGUUGGUGUACAUUAGCAGCAGCUUGAUGGAUAUGACUAACGACGAUCAACUGGGUAUCAUCAUCGGCCACGAGAUUUCCCAUAUCAUGCUGCGCCACACCAACCGUCAGUGGAGCCAGGAUAUGUUGUUGGACAUCUUCCAGAUAGUGGCCAACGUGGUCGCCUGGACGCUGCUGCCUGCAUUUUCCGCGUUUACUUUAUUCAUGUUGGGUGGAGCCACGAUGAAGUUGUUAUGUUUCCAAAUGCCACUCUCGAGGCGCAUGGAGAAAGAGGCUGACGAAAUCGGAUUCAUGAUGGCCGCGCGAGCCUGCGUGGACAUCACGCAAGGCCCAAAGCUGUGGACUUCCUGGGCCGACGCUAAUGAACGGUCGUUUCCCCAUAGCCGCACCUUUUGGUGGCUACAUACUCACCCGACACACCGAAGCCGAGCGGAACACCUGAACCAACUAAUGAAUGAGGCUCGAAAACUGCAGAAAUUAGCCAAUUGCCACGCCACGUUUCUUAACACCAUUGAUAGUAAAUACUGUAGAUUGCACACUGGUCGGUUUUUCGAUGAUGUGAAAAUGAAAUUCCCAUAG